AUGUUGAGUCAUAAACAGGAGAGCAAGGCUCAACCGAAUUUAGGAAGGGGUGCGGUAGCUACAACGCAACAAAUUUCAUCCAAACUCCGGCUUGAGAACACAAAUGCGAAGGUGGACGAGGUCGUGGAUAUAAUGAACGUCAACGUACUUGAGAGGGAUGAAAAACUGUCCGUGAUGGAAACGAGAGCCGAUGCGCUGAAACAAGGUGCAUCACAAUUUGAAAACCAUGCUAGGACACUAAAACGAAGAGCUUUGAUGAGAAAUAUGAAGAUGUGGAUCGUGAUCGGAGCUAUCGCAUUUAUUGGUCUACUAGUCAUUGGAUCUCAAUUAAACUUGUUUUAA